UCCAAAUAGCUCACUUCACUACCUUGAAGUAACAUUCUCUUAAAAUUUUAGGUUUCUUUGGAGUUACAGCAGUGCAUUGCAUCAGGAUUAGCGGCUGGACCGAACAAAUAAGCAUUGCUGGUAAAACCAUUCAUAGUGAACAUUAGCUUGAGGAUAGAGAAUUUCAAGGUACAUGAGAAAUAAUUAUAAAUCUUACAAAUAUGGCAAUAGUACUAGCUCUUUUUGUUGGUAUUAUAGUAGCUGCGAUUUCAUAUUGCUGGAUGGGUAUAUACCGAGUCAGAUCUAAAUUACACUGGAUACCAGAGGUACCUAGACUACCUCUAGUUGGUAAUGUGUUUGAGUUAAAGAAAACAACAGAAACUCUUGGCAAGUUCGGAGAAUAUCUAAGACAAUACAAUGGGUUAUGUACCAUCGAAAUAUGCACUUACAAGUUUAUAGUUGUGACUGAUCCUACAUUUUUGGAAUUCGUGUUGGGCAAAACAGAUAUUUUAAAUAAAUCUGAUGAAUAUAAGUUUUGGAUGAAUUGGUUAGGUACAGGACUUCUAACAGCUCCUGCUGAAAAAUGGAAAAGAACUAGAAAACUACUAACUCCGGCGUUUUAUUUUUCGAUUCUUGAUGACUUCUUUGAUACGUUUGAUUCCAAUGCUGCACUUUUAGUGGAUUUAUUGGAUAAAGAAACUAGCAAAGAUAGUAUUGAUAUAUUUCCGUAUCUUAAAAACUGUACACUUGACAUUGUCUGUGAAACAGCAAUGGGAGUAUCAAUACAUGCCCAAAAAAAUCCAAGAUCGGACUAUGUUCGAGCUGUGUCGGAGUUGUGCAGAGUACUCAUGCUCAGAGCAUUCUCACCUUUAAAAACCUUCGAUUUUUUCUACCGUUUUACGUCUGAUUACAAGAAAGAAAUGGAGCAGGUUAAAAUACUUCAUUCUCACACUAUGGAAGUCAUCACUUCAAGAAAAGAAGAAUUAAAGAAAAAACCGAAAGAAAAACAAGAAGGAAAAAUAGAUGAUGUUGGAAUUAAGAAGAGAAAAGUAUUUUUAGAUUUAGUGUUAGAAGAAACAAUCGAUGGAAGACCUCUUACCGAUACAGAGAUUCAAGAAGAAGUUAAUACCUUUUUAUUUACUGGACAUGACGCUACUGCAAAUGUUAUAAGUUACACUUUAUAUUGUUUGUCAUUAAACAAGGACGCACAGGACAAGAUUGUUCAAGAACAAAAACUAAUUUUUGGAGAUAAUAAAAACAGAAAUGUCACAAUGCGAGAUAUUCAAGAAAUGAAGUAUCUAGAACUCGCUUUUAAGGAAUCUCUAAGGAUAUAUCCACCAGCUCCUUAUGUUGGUCGAAAAGCUGACAGAGAUAUAAUAUAUACCGAUGGAAAUAUUAUUCCGAAAGGUGCGGGCAUAUUGAUACCUAUAUAUUGGACAAACAGGAACCCGAAAUAUUUCCCAGAUCCCGAAACCUACAACCCCAGCAGAUUUGAAAACACUACAGAUACACAUCCGUACGCGUAUAUUCCAUUUAGUGCUGGUCCUAGAAAUUGUAUAGGUCAAAAAUACGCAUGGAACUUAAUGAAAUCUGUCAUAUCUACAAUUUUGAGAAAUUAUGAAAUGUUACCAUGUGGACACAAACUUGAAUUAGCUGCGGAGGGUGCUCUUAAAUCAAAGAACGGAAUCAAAGUAAAACUGCGGAAGCGAGACUGGGAUCAAAUUUAAUAAGAAAUAUUCGUUCCUUAAAUUUGUGAUGUUUAUUUAUAUUUUUCUAAUUAUUAUUCAACAUAAUUUUAGUUUAAGUAGGUAGUAAGUUUCAAUUUGAUGUAAAUGUAAAAAAUUGUUGGGUUAAUUUUAUUAUGGUUUGUAUCGGUAAUUCUAUUUAUUAACAUAAAAACAAGUUUUAAAAUCAAAA